CUUGAGUAUUUAAAGAUUAAUUUUUAUCGUCAAAAUGUUACAAUCCCUAAGAAUAAUUUUGUUGAAGCAAUGGCAGUUGAAGAAAUGUAGAAUGUUACAUACUUCAAUAUCCCAGUUAAUUGAGAUAUCGGUAAGUAAAUCGGACGAAGAUAAAUUGCAAGCAACGCCUACCCUAGGGCGAGCAUUAUACUUAGAUGCCCAAGCAACUACGCCAAUGGAUCCGCGGGUUCUAGAUAAAAUGAUGCCUUAUUUAACGUCCUACCAAGGAAACCCUCAUUCGAGAACGCAUAUGUAUGGCUGGGAGUCGGAAGCUGCUGUGGAUCAUGCUCGCCAACAAAUCGCUGAUUUGAUUAAUGCAAAUACGAAAGAAAUUAUUUUUACUUCUGGAGCGACCGAGUGUAAUAAUAUAGCUAUAAAAGGAGUGGCAAGGUUUUACAAAGAGAAGAAAAAUCACAUCAUAACAACGCAAACAGAGCACAAGUGUGUUUUAGAUUCGUGCAGAUUUUUACAAGGCGAAGGUUUUAAAGUAACAUAUUUGCCAGUUAUGAGCAAUGGUCUUAUUAAUCUUGAGGAAUUAGAGGCUGCCAUAACACCGGAAACAUCCUUAGUUUCGAUAAUGACUGUGAAUAAUGAGAUUGGGGUGAGACAGCCGAUCGAGGAAAUUGGCAGUAUUUGUAGGAAAAACAAAAUUUUCUUCCACACAGAUGCUGCUCAAGCUUUAGGUAAAAUUCCCAUUGACGUUAACAAAAUGAACAUAGAUCUUAUGUCGAUUAGCGGGCACAAAAUUUAUGGCCCUAAAGGAAUAGGAGCUCUGUAUGUCAGAAGAAGACCAAGAGUACGACUGGAAGCGAUACAAAGUGGCGGCGGUCAAGAGAGAGGAAUGAGAAGUGGUACUGUCCCGGCCCCGUUAGCCGUUGGACUCGGUGCAGCUUGUGAACUAGCAAACAACGAAAUGGCUUAUGACCACGAAUACAUAACAAAGCUCAGUAAUUUUCUUAUCGAAGGUAUAACGUCACAAUUAACGCAUGUUAUACGAAAUGGUGAUCCAGUAUCAUGGUAUCCUGGCUGCGUAAAUCUAUCCUUUGCAUAUGUCGAGGGAGAAUCGUUACUUAUGGCUUUAAAGGAUAUCGCUUUAAGCAGUGGCUCGGCAUGUACGAGUGCCAGUUUAGAGCCAAGUUACGUUUUGAGAGCAAUUGGAACAUCCGAGGACCUGGCACACUCCAGUAUAAGAUUUGGAAUCGGUCGGUUUUCAACAAUUGAAGAAAUCAAUUACACAGUGAUAAAUACAGUGAAACACGUUAACAGAUUGAGAGAAAUGAGUCCUUUGUGGGAAAUGGUAUUGGAUGGUAUCGAUUUGAAAACAAUUAAGUGGACCCAACAUUAAGCAGCUGCAAUAAAAGUACAUUCGCAAACGUUUUUUGUAAUAAACAAAUUAAAAGAAUAUAGUAAUUCCAUGGAUGUAAAUAUAUUAUUAUCAC